AUGGGGAAAGAGAAGACGCAUGUCAACAUUGUGGUCAUUGGUCAUGUCGACUCUGGAAAGUCAACCACCACCGGGCAUCUGAUAUAUAAGCUUGGAGGUAUUGAUAAGCGUGUGAUUGAGAAAUUUGAAAAAGAAGCUGCUGAGAUGAACAAGCGUUCGUUUAAGUACGCAUGGGUGCUUGACAAGCUAAAGGCGGAGCGUGAGCGUGGUAUCACUAUCGACAUUGCUUUGUGGAAGUUCGAGACCAUGAAAUAUUACUGCACCGUCAUAGAUGCUCCUGGCCAUCGAGAUUUCAUCAAGAACAUGAUUACUGGAACUUCUCAGGCGGAUUGUGCUGUUCUUAUCAUCGACUCCACCACCGGAGGCUUUGAAGCUGGCAUCUCUAAAGAUGGUCAGACUCGUGAGCAUGCUCUGCUUGCUUUCACUCUUGGGGUGAAACAGAUGAUUUGUUGCUGCAACAAGAUGGAUUCCACAACCCCCAAGUACUCCAAGGCAAGGUAUGAUGAAAUCGUAAAGGAGGUGUCAUCUUAUCUGAAGAAAGUUGGAUACAAUCCUGAAAAGAUCCCAUUCGUCCCAAUAUCUGGUUUUGAAGGAGAUAAUAUGAUCGAGAGAUCCACCAACCUAGAUUGGUACAAAGGUCCAACCCUUCUUGAAGCUCUUGAUGCCAUCACCGAGCCCAAACGACCCUCGGACAAGCCCCUACGCCUUCCCCUCCAGGAUGUCUACAAGAUUGGCGGCAUAGGGACCGUUCCAGUGGGUCGUGUUGAGACCGGUGUCAUCAAACCCGGUAUGGUCGUCACCUUCGGUCCAACUGGUCUGACCACUGAAGUUAAGUCUGUGGAGAUGCAUCAUGAAGCUCUUCAAGAGGCUCUUCCAGGUGAUAAUGUCGGAUUCAAUGUGAAAAACGUAUCUGUGAAAGAUCUGAAACGUGGGUAUGUUGCCUCUAACUCGAAAGAUGACCCGGCCAAGGGUGCAGCCAACUUCACGUCACAAGUUAUCAUCAUGAACCACCCUGGUCAGAUCGGCAAUGGGUAUGCUCCUGUUCUUGACUGCCAUACUUCACACAUUGCCGUCAAGUUUGCUGAGCUAUUGACCAAGAUUGAUCGGCGGUCGGGUAAAGAGCUGGAGAAGGAACCGAAGUUUUUGAAGAAUGGUGAUGCUGGGAUGAUCAAGAUGAUUCCAACGAAACCCAUGGUGGUGGAGACGUUCUCGGAGUACCCACCACUUGGGCGGUUUGCGGUGAGGGAUAUGAGGCAGACGGUGGCGGUGGGAGUGAUCAAGAACGUAGAGAAGAAGGAACCAACGGGAGCAAAGGUGACGAAAGCAGCAGUGAAAAAGGGUGGGAAAUGA